AUGGCGCCCGCCUGCCUCCUAUUGCCACUCCUCCUGCUCCCAUUCGCCCCAGGUCCAGCACAGGCCGCGACGCCGGCAAGGUCUCCGUCGGCGUCAGCAUCAUCCUCCUCCACGUCCGUCGUGUUCCAGCUCCAGGGCGACGUAUAUCCCACCGGGCAUUACUAUGCCACCAUGAACAUUGGGGAUCCGGCGAGGCCCUACUUCUUGGACAUUGACACCGGCAGUGACCUCACUUGGCUGCAGUGCGACGCUCCCUGCCAAAGCUGCAACAAGGUGCCGCACCCAUUGUACAAGCCAACAAAGAGCAAGAUUGUGCCCUGUGCAGACUCACUCUGUACUACACUGCUCAGCUCACAGAUUCCUAACAACAAGCAGUGCCCCUCACCACACCAAUGCGACUACAAAAUCAAGUACACGGACAGCUCGUCUUCUCGCGGUGUGCUCGUUACCGACAGCUUCGGCCUAACCCUACGGAAUUCAUCCCGUGUUAGUCGCAGCCUCACCUUUGGUACUACCACUGACUGCUCUGUGGCAGCGACAGAUGGCUUGCUUGGGCUUGGGAGGGGAUCAGUUAGCUUGGUCUCGCAGCUCAAGCAGCAAGGCAUCACCAAGAAUGUACUUGCCCAUUGCCUCAGUACGAACGGAGGAGGGUUCCUCUACUUUGGGGAUGAUAUCGUGUCUACCUCACGCGCAACGUGGGUGCCGAUGGCUCGUAGCACAUCUGGGAAUUACUACUCACCUGGCUCAGGAACACUUUACUUCGAUAAACACCCACUAGGAGUGAAGCCAACGGAGGUGGUAUUUGAUAGCGGUAGCACCUAUACGUACUUUGCUGCCCAGCCAUACCAAGCGACU